CGUGCUUGCUCCCCCUUCCCAUACACCUAAUUAUUAUCCGAGUCGUGCAUCCCCAGAUCGUCAAAUCAUCAACUCCAGCGAUAAUGAGCGAUUAAAGUCGUCGUCGCUUCUCCGUCGCAUAUUGCGCCCCUUCUUCGCCUAUAACGAAAUUCCCCGAAGUGACAUUGACAACUCCCGGCCUUCCGCAGCGAUGGAAUUUGCAGAUCUGAAGCCUCUCAGGAGGUGGUCAGAUUUCCCACGACGAUUGACCCAGAAUUCCCGAUGGAUAUACAUCGCUUUCUUUGCUGUACCGGGGCUGCUACUUCUUUUUCUGUCUUAUACAUAUCUUCAACCACCGACACUCGCCCCAUCUCGGACGUCCGCUGAUGACCAAACACACCUCGCGGUUGCGACCCCAUCGCCUACGGCCGAGCUCUCAUCCAUAACCCUCCACCAGGAGGGAGAAGCAGGCGCAAGUCACCUCGACCACUCCACGACGCCGCUCGUUAGGCCCGAAGGAAUCCGCAUCGUCGGUGUCGUGUUCUACGGCCGACGCGACAGGUCGUCUCUCUUGGAAUGUUAUCUCCGGAAGAAUCUGGCUUCCAACGGUGGCUGGCUCGACGAAGUUAUCUGGGCUGCCAAUACAGAGGACAAGGAAGAUAUUGCGUAUGGAGAGGAAAUCGCGAAGACGGUAGAUGAGUACACAUUCAUGCCGAUUAACGACGGCGGCUUUUCCGGCAUCUAUUUUAAAGCUUUCAAAGAGCCAGACGCUAUUUACGUCAAGAUGGAUGACGAUAUUGUCUUCAUCGAUCAAAGUGCUAUUCCUCGCUUAGUAAAUACCCUGAUGAACAGCCCACGUGCGCUAAUUGUUUCAUCAAACGUUGUCAACAACCCCGCCUUGGGUUGGGUGCAUUAUCAUAUGCGUGCUGUCCACCCCUACGUCCCAGAAGUGAUCCCCGAGCACGAUAGUUUGUCCACCAAGGAAAACGGCGCGUGGAGAGCAUCAGAAUUGCCAACCUGGAAUGAAUCCGACUCAAAGUGGCAGAUGCCUGAGCUCGACAAUUUCUACAGCCUGUUCGGAGUGAACGAGAAGACCAGCGUCCCGAAGCAUCGAUGGAUCCCUACGCGCAAUCUAACUUAUCUCUAUCAAACCCCCGUCGCCUCAUCGGAGUACGACGCAUUUGGAAACAAUCUGCAACAUUGGCCGUUGGCUGCACAGGCACACUAUUCAUUGCUACAAAACAUGGAGGAGCGAAGAUUGGGUCGUUAUUUCAUGGUACACGGUAGUGAUGAGGAAGCUAUAAGUACGUGGGACAUGCGGGGGAGCCGUAUUAGUAUCAACUUCAUGGCUGUGAGAGGUAUCGACAUUCUUAAUAAUAUGAUGAAAUUGAAGGGAGAUGACGAGCAUAUCUUGACUGUUGAACUGCCCAAACAGUUAAACCGAGCGGUCCUCGUUGAAACUACUUCUGUAGUAGCUCACUUUGCGUUCGGUCCACAAAAAAACCUCAUAAAAACCGAUCUUCUCGAGAGAUACCACAACUACGCAUCGGAAAUGAUAUGUCCGAAUUCCAUUCUCGAGCCGGAGGCUGUUCUCGCGCAGCGGCCUAAUUCUGUCUGAAUACGAUCUACUCGGUUUUAAAGGUGGUUUUCACCACGCCUUGUGUACAACAGUGAGCGAUAGAUGUAUUCACCCGCCAUUUAUUUGGAUCAUUUUCAACCUUCAACUACUCAUAUACCCUAACCAUUUACUAUGGUGUUCAUCACUUCAAUUUCUUGUGAUAUAAUUUAACGAUUCUACAUGAUUUACUUUUGGUGUACUGGCCUGGGUGAUUGUCUGUCACAGAUAUUGGGCAUCAGCGAUUCUUUGAUAUGGAAAGAAUAAAGGAGUUUGUUUGGUUUGUCUUAAAAUAAUGUGCUUAAAUAUAAAUCAAAUUAUGGGAAUCCUUUUCUGC